CCUUAAAUACUGUAGUGCGCCGCUCAGUUUCUAGCCCGCUAUCCCCACACACGAAACUUCAAGAGCAAACCUCGCCAACCAAGCACAAUGAAGUUCACCGCUGCAGCCGCUCUCUCCCUUGCUGGCUUUGUUGCCGCAAACCCCGUCGAGCUCACUGAGAGGCAAAACUGCCCCAAGGUGUACAUCUUUGGUGCCCGCGAGACCACUGCUCCCGCAGGUUACGGUACUUCUCAAGGCCUUGUCAACCAGGUCAAGGCGGCUUAUCCUGGUGCCGGAUCGGAGGCCAUCCAGUACCCAGCUUGCGGAGGACAAUCGCAAUGUGGCGGUGUUAGCUACGACAACUCCGCUCAACAAGGCACUGCUGCCGUUGUCCGGGCUGUUACCAGCUACAACCAGAAGUGCCCCGACACUCAGAUCGUCCUUAUUGGAUAUUCUCAGGGUGGCCAAAUCAUGGACAACGCCCUCUGCGGAGGCGCGGGCGCAACCUUGACCGGUGCUGCUUUGGAAGCCGUCAAGGCCGCCAUCUUCAUGGGCGACCCGCACUUCCGCGCUGGCCAGCCGUACAACGUUGGCACUUGCAAUGCUCAAGGUUUCGCUGCCCGACCCGUGGGCUUCCAGUGCUCCCCGGCCAAGACCGACCGCCUGAAGUCUUACUGCGACUCCACCGAUCCCUACUGCUGCACCGGAAACGAUGCCAACUCUCACCAGCAAUACGUCAACAAGUACGGCGCACAGGCUUUGGCUUUCAUCAAGUCCAAGAUCACUGCUUAA